AAUCGAACGAAUGGAUGGGUAAUAUCGAUAUAAACAUCGAUUUUUAAUUGAAAAGUGACAGAUGACUGAGGUCGUGUGAGCAGUUUGAGGGAGGAGGGACGUUGUCAAAAAGGCAUUAUUCUAGUUAUGCCUUUUCAGAAGAGAGAUGAAGCUCUGUGGUGGCACAGGAUGUUGUACAUUUUUCUAGUCAUCUUAUUCCAGAAACCAGUUAUUUUGCAUGCUGAAGGAGUAGAGUGUGAGCACCGAAGUGAAGUGUGUCAUUCAGUUAUUAGAGAGAGGCAUGGCUACAUCACCAGUCCAUUCUAUCCAUCUCAGUAUCCAAAUCACACAUGUUGCUCAUGGACAUUUGAUAUUUCUGCUGGGAACAUUCUGAUAUUGAGGAUUCAAGAUUUGGAUAUAGAAGAAGACCCUGGCUGUAAAUUAAUGUCCUGUUGUCGUCACUCGUGGCUGUCUCUACCCCUGAAGGAUGGUGGUUCUCAGAAGAUAUGUGGUCUUAAUGGUGGACGCAAGUUGCUGACUGUUUUACCUCCAAAGGCUAUAGUCAAAUUUUAUACAUCCAAAGUGAUAAAAGGUGGACGCGGCUUCAACCUCUCUUACUCUAUUGAGCAUGAAGCUUCUGCAUGUGUAUAUUGGGGGAAUCAGACACAGUGCCAACAGGCUGAAGUAUUAUGUUACGAGUCAUCCCAACGUUGCAAUGGAAUCAAAGAUUGUCCCUCGGGAGCAGAUGAAUCUGGUUGCAAUGGCUGCAGACCAGAAGAAUUUCUUUGCCUGAAUGGAGAUGGGUGUUACACUCGACAGCAACUCUGUGAUGGGAUUCCUGACUGUGUGGACUUCUCAGAUGAAGUGAAUUGUGGGUAUUGUCCCAGUGGAAUGGCUGCCUGCAGUGCUGAGCACAGACAUUGCUUUGACAUGAGACAACGAUGUGAUGGACAGUUGGACUGUCCUUGUGGGGAGGAUGAAGUAAAUUGCAAUCCAGCUUGUCCUGGGAAGAUUGCAUGUGCCAACGGCAAUGGCUGCUUCACACCCAGUGACUUGCGCAAUGAAGGGCGUAUGUGCUUGGCUCCUUUGGACAUUGAUGGGUCUCGCUUACUGGGUGUGCUGGCACAUAGCAAGUUCCGCUGUGACAACGGGCAAUGCAUUUCUUCCUCCCUUUGGUGUGAUGGCAAGGAUAACUGUGGAGACAACAGUGAUGAACAAAGUUGUGUGAAGGUGUGUAAAACAAAUGGAUAA